CCGUCGCUCGGGGGAAGGCUGAGCGUUUGCAAAUUGCGCCUCCGAGGCUCGGGGCGCAUCCUAUCGCCGCCGGCCGGCCGGGCGGCUGUCGCAGCGCAGGACGAGGCUUCCCGGCUCCCCGAUCUCCUCGCGCUGCCCGCGCUAUCCCCGCCGUCCCCGCCUCUGCCUCCGGCUGCCCUCAGCUGCUGUGCCUCUCGCCUCCUGUGCAACAGAGAGGAGAACGGCAGCACGCGGAGGUGCGCUCGGAGCCGAGUGUCGGCUAGAGAGCCAGUCCCUCUCCCAACCGCGCAGGCAUAAGCAGAACCCUGGGCUGAACAGCCAUGACAGCUGAAAAGACUAUUCCUAUAAUUAACGGCAAGCCAGAAGAUGUUUUGGAUCCAGAAGCUUCAAGUACCAACCUCGUCCACAGCAAUGAUAAGAAAGUUCAUGAAAGAGGUCACUGGAACAAUAAGGUUGAAUUUGUGCUUUCUGUGGCAGGGGAGAUUAUUGGGUUGGGAAAUGUAUGGAGAUUCCCAUAUCUUUGCUACAAGAAUGGAGGAGGUGCUUUCCUCAUCCCAUAUGUGGUUUUCUUUAUUUGCUGUGGGAUACCAGUUUUUUUCCUGGAGACAGCCUUGGGACAGUUUACUAGUGAAGGAGGCAUUACAUGCUGGAGGAAAGUUUGCCCUUUGUUUGAAGGUAUUGGAUAUGCUACCCAAGUUAUAGAGGCACAUCUAAAUGUAUAUUACAUCAUUAUUUUAGCAUGGGCUAUCUUCUAUCUGUUUAACUGCUUUACUACAGAGCUUCCCUGGGCUACAUGUGGGCAUGAAUGGAAUACAGAAAACUGUGUGGAAUUUCAGAAACUUAAUAUGAGCAACUGCAGUCAAAUCUCUUUGCAAAAUGCUACGUCUCCGGUGAUGGAAUUCUGGGAACGCAGGGUGCUAGCCAUAUCUGAUGGCAUUGAACAUAUUGGGAAUCUUCGCUGGGAACUUGCACUGUGCCUCCUCGCUGCUUGGACUAUCUGCUAUUUUUGCAUCUGGAAAGGAACAAAGUCGACUGGGAAGGUUGUAUACGUAACAGCCACAUUCCCCUAUAUCAUGCUGAUGAUUCUUCUGAUUCGAGGGGUAACGUUGCCAGGUGCUUCCGAAGGGAUAAAAUUCUAUUUGUAUCCUGACAUUUCCCGACUGUCUGACCCACAGGUUUGGGUGGAUGCUGGUACACAGAUAUUUUUCUCUUAUGCGAUAUGCCUUGGGUGCCUGACAGCCCUGGGAAGUUACAACAACUAUAAUAAUAACUGCUACAGAGACUGCAUCAUGCUCUGCUGCUUGAACAGUGGCACAAGCUUUGUUGCUGGUUUUGCUAUCUUUUCAGUGCUUGGAUUUAUGGCUUAUGAACAAGGUGUUCCCAUUGCAGAAGUUGCAGAAUCAGGACCAGGACUAGCAUUCAUUGCUUACCCUAAAGCUGUUACCAUGAUGCCUCUUUCUCCUCUGUGGGCAACUCUGUUCUUCAUGAUGCUCAUCUUCCUUGGACUAGAUAGUCAGUUCGUGUGUGUUGAAAGCCUUGUGACAGCUGUUGUAGAUAUGUAUCCAAAGAUUUUCCGAAGGGGCUACAGAAGAGAACUGUUGAUUCUUGGCCUUUCCAUUGUGUCAUAUUUCAUUGGUCUAAUAAUGUUAACUGAGGGUGGAAUGUACGUCUUUCAGUUAUUCGACUCCUAUGCAGCUAGUGGCAUGUGCCUUCUUUUUGUUGCCAUAUUUGAAUGUGUCUGCAUAGGCUGGGUUUAUGGCAGCAAUCGCUUUUAUGAUAACAUUGAGGAUAUGAUUGGGUAUAAACCAUUGUCGUUGAUUAAGUGGUGCUGGAUGGUCUUAACUCCAGGUAUUUGUGCAGGAAUCUUCAUUUUUUUCCUGGUGAAAUACAAGCCUUUGAAGUAUAACAAUGUAUAUACAUAUCCUGACUGGGGCUAUGGCAUAGGGUGGCUGAUGGCUCUCUCUUCCAUGAUUUGUAUCCCUUUGUGGAUCUGCAUUAAGUUCUGGAAGGCAGAAGGCACUUUCAUAGAGAAAUUCAGGAAAUUGAUUACACCUAGCUCGGAUCUGAAGAUGAGAGGGAAACUUGGAGGAAGAUGCUACAUUGCAGCAAUAAAUGACUGCGAUGCCAAACUGAAAGGAGAUGGCACCAUUUCAGCCAUUACGGAAAAGGAGACACAUUUCUGAAAGAACUCUUUUUUUUUCUUUUUUUUUCCUUUUUCCUUUUUUUUUUUUUUUUUUUUUUGUAUAAAAAUAAAUAAAUUCACUUAAUUAUAGAAGCUGGCUUGUUUUGCACAAAAUUUUAUUAACCAGUUAAUUUUAAAGUGAAAAUUGUAUACUUGUUUAAAAGUGAUUUUUUAAAAAUUACUAUAUAAGUAAUAAGAUUAUGUAAAAGAAAAAGAAAUAGUAUUAUAUGAUAUGUUAGUAAUGACUUCUUGUAAUAUGGUAAUUUCAGUAAAUGCUUUUUAGAAAUUAGAGAGACCUGUAUAAUGGGCUGUAAAGCUUUUCUACUCUGAUUUCUGGCAGGUGUGACGUUGUAUAGCUAUAUGCAUUCUAAUCUCCAGGUAUUUCAGACCAUUUCAGCUUUUAAUGUAUGUAUAUAAAAAGUACCAGAAUGUCCCGUUGUUUAUAUUGGAAGAAGCUGAGGAUAUGUUGCUACGUUAUUUAACACACAUGUUAAAUGCUGUUACCUUAGAGCUGUCUAAAGUGGGCUGUACCCAAAGUCAACUGAAACCAGCAGGAGCUUUUCCAACUGAGAUCAGUGGCUUUUGCACCACGCCGUCUAUGAUUCAGCCUUUCUUCUGGGCCAGCACAGCUGCAAGACUGAGUUUUGCACCUAACAAAGCUCCUCUUUCAGGGCAAGUUUUGUGAAGCUUGGAAGCACCGCCUCAACUGCUUUUCCUGCCUUCCCUCCAUGUUCCAUCUCUUUCCAACAGGCCUGAAAAUGUUGUGAGAUAGCCCCACUUCUGAGUCACUGUUCUUUGUUGGUUUUUUUUCUGGAGAUUGGAUUAAGAAUAUAUAUUUUUUAAGAGUUAUAAAUUUUUCUUUUCUUGCAAGUUAAGGCCCUCUGAGAUGACAUGUACUGCUUCAGAAGACUUCUAAAGCUUUUUCAUUUUCUUUAGUGGCUGGGUAGCCAGUACUUCAUUUUGGUUGACACUUCCCAUCCCCUGAAGUGAAAUGUGUUUAUGCUUGUACAACAGGAGGAGGUCAAGGUCUCUCUAUGUAUGCAGAGAUGUACUAAGGAAAAAAAAGAUCAGGUUUAGAGCUCUCCAUACCUUGGCCUCUGUCUCUUCAAACAUUUGGCAGUCUGUCUGUUCAAUCCCCUUGAAAGAAAUCAGGGAUCCUGUAAUUGUGAUGUGUAGCAUUGCAUGGCUGUUCUGAUUUUCCAGGUACUUUCUAAAAACUCUCAUAUUAGGCACUGAUUUUUUACUCUGAAUGGUAUUGAGGCCUGCACUGAAGUUAGAGUAGGAAUUUAUUUUGUGGAACACCAGAGUAAUUGGUCCUUAAUUUUUACCAGAGUUCCAGGAGGUAAUUUGUACACUGUGCAGAUGAAGGAAUUAGGGCUGGGAAGUUGUUACUUCUCUGUUUCACAAAGGCAGUAGUAGAGCUUUCUGAUAUGAAACCUUUUUAUUCAAUCGGCUGUAUUAACUUCCUCCCUCUGAUUGAAAACAGAUUUUAUACGAAUCCAACUGAUGGAAUUUUACCAUGAGGUAAGCAAGUGCUUGCUUCAAGUAUCGAAAUCUGUGGGUAGACUCUUGGUUCUCUCUUUUUUUUUCCCUUCUGCCAAUAUUCCAAAAUGUUUUUUUCUGGACAGUUAAUUCUUUUCCCAUCCCGUUUUUCAUUUAAUGGCUGGAUGAUAAACCUGUAGAGGAGUACUGCACAGUAUUCAGUGGGGAAAGACAAACAGCCUAAGAGAACGCUGACAAAAUGUCAUGAAAUCUGCUGUCCUCUCUGCAAUUCAAGAUCAGCAAACCUCAGAUACCAACAUAUGAAUUUAUUGGAAAAAAAAGUGUCUACUGGUGCUUUAGUAGUGAAAACAGUUCACUGGAAGUC